GUUGAGCCAGUACCUUAAGAGUGUGAAGUUUAUCACGUCUGCUGGAGAUGAGAUUCUAUUUGAUAAAGAAGGAAACCGACCGGCGCAAGUGGAUCUGUUAAACUGGGUGCAGCACCCUAAUGAAACGGUAGCAGUCACUGAAGUUGGGCACUAUCGUAUGUCUGCCAGUGGGACACACCAGUUUAUUAUUAAUGACAGUGAUAUAACAUGGGAAACAAAAAUAAAUGGGGUGCCCCAAUCUACCUGUAGUGAAAGCUGCUCCCCAGGAUAUAGGAAAGUUAUUCCAGAUGGAAAUCCAUCAUGUUGCUAUGACUGCAUUCCCUGCGCAGAGGGAGAAAUUUCAAAUGUAACCAAUAUGGAAACCUGCAUGUCGUGUCCAGAAGAAGAAUGGGCAAACUCAAAAAAAGAUACUUGUGUAAGGAAGAAUAUUGACUUCUUGUCAAGUCAGGAUGCGUUAGGAGCCACAUUAGUAGCCUUUGCCCUGUUACUUAUCUUCAUGACUUUAUCAGUGUUAGUGAUCUUCAUUAUAUACAGGGACACACCUAUAGUAAGAGCCAAUAACAGAGACCUGAGCUACACUCUCCUCAUUUGCCUCAUGUUGUCUUUCCUCUGUACCUUCUCAUUUAUUGGCCACCCAACAACUGCGAUUUGCCUACUGAGACAAGUUGCCUUCAGCCUCAUCUUCACAGUGGCUAUUUCUUCAAUUGUGGCAAAGACCAUUACAGUUCUAAUAGCUUUCAGGUCCACAAAACCAGGCAGUAAGUUGAGUAAAUGGACUGGGAAGAAAUUAUCCGCCUUUAUUAUCAUUCUGUGCACCUUGGUGGAACUUGGUAUCUGCACAUGGUCUUUGGUUCAAUUCCCCCCAUUCCCCAACAGAGACACAAAGACUUACACUGACAGAAUCAUCCUGCAAUGCAUUGCAACUUCCAGCAUGGGAUUUUAUACAACACAUGGUUAUAUUCUCACUCUGUCACUCUUUAAUUUUGCCCUGGCAUUCUUGGUGAGGAAACUACCUGAUAGGUUUAAUGAAGCUCAUUAUAUCACAUUCAGCAUGCUGCUCUUUUGCAGUGUCUGGAUCUCCUUUAUCCCAGCCUAUCUGAGUGCUAAAGGCAAAUACAUGGUCGCUGUAGAGGUAUUUGCUAUCCUGGCAUCUAGUGCAGGUCUUUUCUGCUGUAUCUUUAUCCCAAAGUGCUGUACUAUAUUGCUUAAACCUCAUUUAAACAGCAGAAUCAAGCUAUCAGUUUACAAAUAAAUUCCCCAACAUAGCAAAAAAAACCUCCAAAAAUUAAAUUCUUUCUUUCACCUAUUAAUCUAACUUAGUGUAUGUUUAAUUUACUUACAGUUAAUUCCCUUUUUACUGUGUCACCACAAGUAAAGCAUUAGUUAGCAUUCCUACUUUGCAGUGCUGGGGUCCUGAUUUAUGAUUCUUACCUGGGCACCCAAGCAGCGCCGGAUUUGUCUUACAGA